CUCUUUUUUAUGUUCUUAGCUUUCGGGUUUCUUUCUUUCUUCUUUCUUUCUUGCUAGCUGUAUAAUAUAAAGUCCAAAGCUUGCAUUUUUCCACAUAUUUUUUCCAAGAAAAUUUGUGGGGUUUCUUUAUUUUGCUAUAAUAUUUGUGGGUUUUGUUCCAUUUUUGUUGUUAUGGCAAGAAAUGGUGUAUUUUCACGGUGGCGUAGAGCUGAGAAAGUGGAAGAGUUUGAUGUGUUAACAGAGACAACUCAUGAAGUUCAUGUACUUGCUGUUGAUGAUAGUCUUGUGGAUAGAAUAGUUAUUGAACGUCUCCUCAAAAUUACAUCUUGCAAAGUGACUACUGUGGAUAGUGGGAUGACAGCUUUGAAAUAUCUUGGAUUGGAUGAAGAAGAGAGCUCUGUUAGCAUUGAUGGUUUGAAGGUGGAUCUGAUAAUUACAGAUUAUUGUAUGCCUGGAAUGACUGGCUAUGAUUUGCUCAAAAAGAUUAAGGGUUCAUCUUUUAGGGAAAUUCCAGUUGUGAUCAUGUCUUCUGAAAAUGUUUUGGCUAGAAUUGACAGAUGUCUGGAAGAAGGCGCUGAAGAUUUCCUAUUGAAGCCGGUGAAAUUGGCGGAUGUAAAACGUUUGAAGAGUUACUUUAGGGGAGAAGAAAAAGGAAUAAACAAGAGAAAGUUGCCAGAAACAUCGUCCGAUGACUCAUCAGCCCCAAGUCUCUCUCCUUCAUCAUCCUUGUCACCAUCUCCAUCGCCCUCGCCAUCACUUGAUCUCUCAUCAACUCCUUCACCGCCAUCCACUUCCUCUCCAUCGUCCCCGAAAGCAUUUUUGUCGCCCCUCUGUACCGACUCAUCGACAAAUUCCACUGAUUCUUCCAUGCCCUCUUCGCCAACAUCACCAACAAGACGACUCAAAAUGUGCAGCAGCCAAGAUUUGUGACGGUAUACAGUUUAUGUAUUUUACUUUCCUUUUUUGCUACUUCUGGGGUUCUCAAAGCCCCAUAUAUCGUCGGGGCACGCAAUGUAGACAAGCCAAUUGCCCCUUAUUACUAGCGAGGUUUUUUGUUGGCUUGUCACUUUUCGGAUACACAUCGAUGAUAUCUUAAUCACACAAGGUUUACAAAGAUAUGUUCAA